GACGUUGAAUUUGGAAAGCAGAGGACCUCCCUCCCCCCAAGAUUUGAGCAUCUUUUGAAUCUGCCAUUCAAGUAUUUAGAAACAGACUGUAAGCCUAGCAGGGCAGAUUGUGUCCAGCGCGUGUUUUCCUCAACACAGGACUUUGAGGCUGUCAGAACGCUUUUUUUUUUAUUGUUGUUGUUGUUUGUGUGUUUUGGUUUGGUUUGGUUUUUUUUUUUUUUUUUUUUUUUUUUUUUUUGCUCCUGCAAGUUUUCUUCCCUGGAGCUUCCCGCAGGUGGACACCUAACUGCAGCGACUACCGCAUCAUCUCAGCCUGUUGAACUCUUCUGAGUAAGAAAAAGGGAGACAGGGUAAGGGAAUUAAGUGGAAGAUUCAGCUUAGUUUAAGGAUGGAGGUGCAGUUAGGACUCGGGAGGGUCUACCCCCGACCUCCGUCCAAGACCUAUAGAGGAGCUUUCCAGAAUCUGUUCCAGAGCGUGCGCGAAGUGAUCCAGAACCCGGGCCCCCGGCACCCUGAGGCCUCCAGCACAGCACCUCCCGGCGCCCGUUUGCAGCAGCAGCAGGAGAGCAGCCCCCGGCAGCAGCAACAGGGUGAGAAUGGCUCUCCCCAAGCCCACAUCAGAGGCCCCACAGGCUACCUGGCCCUGGACGAGGAACAGCAGCCUUCACAACAGCAGUCAGCCCCCGAGGGCCACCCCGAGAGCGGCUGUCUCGCAGAGCCAGGAGCUGCUACCGCCGCCGGCAAGGGGCUGCCGCAGCCGCCGCCAGCACCUCCAGACGAGGAUGACUCAGCUGCCCCAUCCACGCUGUCCCUGCUGGGGCCCACUUUCCCGGGCUUAAGCAGCUGCUCCGCCGACCUUAAAGACAUCCUAAGCGAGGCCGGCACCAUGCAACUCCUUCAGCAACAGCAACAGCAGCAGCAGGAGGUGGUAUCCGAUGGUAGCAGCGGAAGAGCUAGGGAGGCCGCUGGGGCUCCCGCCUCCUCUAAGGACAGUUACCUAGGGGGCAACUCGACCAUAUCUGACAGCGCAAAGGAAUUGUGUAAGGCGGUGUCAGUGUCCAUGGGCUUGGGUGUGGAGGCAUUGGAGCAUCUGAGUCCUGGAGAACAGCUUCGGGGAGAUUGCAUGUACGCGCCGCUCCUGGGAGGUCCGCCCGCUGUGCGUAGCACUCCCUGUGCCCCGCUGGCCGAAUGCAAAGGUUCUUUGCUGGACGACGGCCCAGGAAAGGGCACUGAAGAGAUUGCUGAGUAUUCCUCUUUCAAGGGACCUUACGCCAAAGGGCUGGACGGCGAGGGCCUGGGCUGCUCUGGCAGCAGCGAAGCAGGGAGCUCAGGGACACUUGAGCUGCCGUCCACUCUGUCUCUCUACAAGUCUGGAGCAUUGGACGAAGCGGCAGCGUACCAGAGUCGAGACUACUACAACUUUCCGCUGGCCCUGGCUGGGCCGCCUCCCCCUCCACCACCUCCCCAUCCGCACGCCCGCAUCAAGCUGGAGAACCCGCUAGACUAUAGCAGUGCCUGGGCAGCAGCCGCGGCGCAGUGCCGCUAUGGGGACCUGGGAAGCUUGCAUGGCGGAGGUGCCGCGGGACCCAGCUCCGGAUCGCCCUCGGCAGCCGCCUCCUCUUCCUGGCACACUCUCUUCUCAGCAGAAGAAGGCCAGUUGUAUGGACCAUGCGGCGCAGGCAGCGGCGGCAGUGCAGGAGAGGCAGGGGCUGUAGCCCCCUAUGGCUACGCUCGACCACCUCAGGGGCUGGCAGGACAGGAGAGCGACUUUCCUGCACCCGAUGUGUGGUACCCUGGCGGCGUGGUGAGCAGAGUGCCCUAUCCCAGUCCCAGUUGUGUCAAAAGCGAGAUGGGACCCUGGAUGGAGAGUUACUCCGGACCUUACGGAGACAUGCGUUUGGAGAAUGCCAGGGACCACGUUUUGCCCAUCGACUAUUACUUUCCACCUCAGAAGACAUGCCUGAUCUGUGGGGAUGAAGCUUCUGGAUGUCACUAUGGGGCUCUCACAUGUGGCAGCUGCAAGGUCUUCUUCAAAAGAGCUGCUGAAGGAAAACAGAAAUACCUGUGUGCCAGCAGAAAUGAUUGCACCAUUGAUAAAUUUCGAAGGAAAAAUUGUCCAUCUUGUCGUCUCCGGAAAUGCUAUGAAGCAGGGAUGACUCUGGGAGCCCGUAAGCUGAAGAAACUUGGCAAUCUAAAACUACAGGAGGAAGGAGAGACUUCUAGUGCCAGCAGCCCCACUGAGGAACCAGCCCAGAAGAUGACAGUAUCACACAUUGAAGGUUAUGAGUGCCAGCCCAUCUUUCUCAAUGUCCUGGAAGCCAUUGAGCCAGGUGUGGUGUGUGCUGGACAUGACAACAACCAACCUGACUCCUUUGCAGCCUUGCUCUCCAGCCUCAAUGAACUGGGCGAGAGACAGCUUGUGCACGUGGUGAAGUGGGCCAAGGCUUUGCCUGGCUUCCGUAAUUUACACGUGGAUGACCAGAUGGCAGUCAUUCAGUACUCCUGGAUGGGACUCAUGGUGUUUGCCAUGGGCUGGAGGUCCUUCACCAAUGUCAACUCCAGGAUGCUCUACUUUGCUCCUGACCUGGUUUUCAAUGAGUACCGCAUGCACAAGUCCAGAAUGUACAGCCAGUGUGUCCGGAUGAGGCACCUCUCUCAAGAAUUUGGUUGGCUCCAAAUCACCCCCCAGGAAUUCCUGUGCAUGAAAGCAUUGCUACUCUUCAGCAUAAUUCCAGUGGAUGGGCUGAAAAAUCAAAAAUUCUUUGAUGAACUUCGAAUGAACUACAUCAAGGAACUCGAUCGUAUCAUUGCAUGCAAACGAAAAAAUCCCACAUCCUGCUCAAGGCGCUUCUACCAGCUCACCAAGCUCCUGGACUCUGUGCAGCCUAUUGCAAGAGAGCUACAUCAGUUCACUUUUGACCUGCUAAUCAAGUCCCACAUGGUGAGCGUGGACUUUCCGGAAAUGAUGGCAGAGAUCAUCUCUGUUCAAGUGCCCAAGAUCCUUUCUGGGAAAGUCAAGCCCAUCUAUUUCCAUACACAGUGAAGCUUUGGAAGCCCCCAUUUCCCUCCCCCACCUCACUCUCCUUUUCCAAUGUCUUCUGCCUGUUAUAACUCUGCACUACUUCUCUGCAGUGCCUUGGGGAAUUUCCUCUAUUGAUGUACAGUCUGUCAUGAACACGUUCCUGAGUUCUAUUUGCUGGGCUUUUUUCUCUUUUCCUUCUUCUCUCCCUUUCUCAUCCUCCAUGGCACCUUCACACUCUGCUCCCUGUUGUGGCUCCUAUCUGUGUUUUGAAUGGUGUUGUAUUUCUUUAAAUCUGAGAUGAUCCUCAUGUGGCCCAGUGUCAGGUUGUGCUUGUUUACAGCACUGUGCUGUGUGCCAACCACACAAACAUUUACUUACCUUAUGCCACGGGAAGUUUAGCAAGUUAAAAGUAUCUGAGGAAAAACAAACUAACAAACAGAAAACAAAAAAAAAAUUUAAAAAUUAAAAAAAAAAAACCCUGAGAGGACAUUUUCCUCAAAAUAAAUAAAUUAAUAAGCAGAAAUCCCCAAAGAAGCCAACAAGUCACUAGAAGGUAAAAAUUGCAGGUCCAUGGGGAGUCACUGUUUUUGUUCAUCCCCUCCCUCCAGGAAGACUUUAGCUUUUCCCAGUGACUAUUGCCAUUAAAGGACAGGGUGACCCCAGAGAGGAUCUGGGGGCACAGAGAGAGGAGGAAACAAGUAGGGCAGUUGGAUCACCAGUACCUGCCCACAGCCUUGGUCCCUGAGAGCUGGACUGCUCAACUGCAGUGCAAUUCAUUAUACUAAAAAUGUGCUUCUUGUUUGAAAACUUGUCUGCAUGUGAAUGCCUUCCCCCUCAAACCCUUCUCUCUUUCAACCUCUGCCUCUACCCUCCAAUCAAAUUUCAGUAGCUUUUCAAAGAACUUCAAAUGAAGUGUUCUCUUUAGCCUAAACUUGACCACUUCCACUGAAGAGUCAGAUCAGUGAGAAGGAGUGGAGAGAUCUGACCCAUUGGAAGGAUCCUAUAAAUUCCAGUUCUGCUUUCCCAUGCAUGAUCCAGGGAGGAGCUUGCAUCUGGAGUCAGAGAAGAAGGAAGUGAUGGCUUGGCUGUUCUGCUUAGGAGACAGUACAGUUGAUCCCUUGAUGCUACCUUCUUUACCUCCACCUUUAAAAGACCUAUGGACUCUAUGUGGCCACAAGCUCUCUCCACGCUUCCUUGAGUGUUUUGUAGGCCACACUGCAUUUCAGUCAUGGUGGUAAAGCUUAUUCACUUCUUUAGGCAUGUUCACCGAUUGUCUGCUAAGAUCCCUUCACACUGUGAAGGCUAGCAGGCCAGAAGCCCUGACAUCUGUCUCUAGAUGCUUGUAGUCUUAGACAUCUUACCAAGUGUUUCUUAUCAACAUAGUUUGUUGGAGCCCUUAGACAAACCCAAAAGAAGGCAUCGAAGGGAUCAGACAAACUGGGCGUCUUGCCCUUGUCAUCCAGAGAUGAAACUCUCCAAUAAAUGGAGACAUAUCUACUUCCUUCUUCAAAGCAGCUAAAGGGGCUACCCAUAUCAAGGUGGAAUACCAGGGUUAGAAGAAUGAAGACACUAGAUCCAGAAAACCUGAAAUGCUCUCCUUGCCACCCAGCAUAUCUGACUGAAGAACUCAUGGCAAGAAGCAAGCAGACACCAAGAGAAGACUUUGACUAUUAAAUAAAGCCUUCAGAGGCAAAGCCUAAAGUCAGAAUGGUACAAGUUUACUCAGCCCCCUCCUCUGCUGCUGACCCUGGGCUCUGACAUUGGCCAUAGUUACUCAGAUUCCCCACCAUUGUUGCUACCUCUAUGUCAGAGGGGCAUGCAAGACCACUGCGACUCUCUACAGAACCAUGGCUUCCUUUGGAAAGGUCUGGCUGUUAUGGCACUUAUAGAUAGGCUGCCACCCAUAAACUCAGGGUAUGCCCCUGGGUCACUGGUUUCAUAUAGUCCUUUGGCACACCUCUGUUCUCUGGACUUUGUUCCCCAACCCUGAAUGUGGAGUGGGGAGGAUGUUCACCUAUUUUCUCUUCUUGGCCCCUGCCUCCUCAAUUAGCUCUUAACAUCAUUGGAUAAACUCAAGAAAUCAAGGGCCAGUCACCAAGCUGCCCAUUUUAGUUGGUUUACUCUGCUGGUUGAGAAGAUAGUUCUGAGUGACAUGAUACUAUUCACAUGAGUUUCCGUCCCUGAUUUCUAUGUUGAUAUUAAUAGCCAAAGGAACUUGCAAAACAGCUUCUUUAAAUAACAAGGGAGAAAGGAAUCUAACAUGAGUGAUAUGCCAAUCCAAGACUGGUGGACAAAAGCUGAAGCUGAUAGGUUCCUUUCUGGGAUAGGAUAGAUUCUGAUUUUCUUUGUGAUGACACCAUCUGGCCUAUGUACAGGAUCACUUUUUAGCUGUCUUAGACAGAAAAAAAUAACAUCCACGACUCCUUUCAGUUAAGCUAGGUUACACUUUAAUAGUUCCUUUACAUCUGUUUUGAUUUUCAUCUUUUGUGGCACACGGAUUCAAUUAUAUCAUUCUAAUACCUCUCCUUGUAAAUACUAGAGGCUCUCCUUUCCAUUUCUCUAUCAAUUUUUUCAUCUUUAUGGAUUUCCCAGUCUUGACUUUUGUCUUCAUGAAUAUAUGUUUUUCAUUUGCAAAAGCCAAAAAUCAGUGAAACAGCAGUGUAGUUGAAAGCAACAACAAUUGGAUUACUCUGAAUUUCCAAAUGACAAAAAUAGGGAAAAAGAGCCUAAACAAGGCUUUAGCCCUUUUGUUUCUGCACUGGGGUUUGAGUGAGCAGAGGAGGUAUUAGUUUGGCUUGGUUCUCCCACAGAUGAAAGAAGAAUACUUUUUUUUCUUUUGGUCAUUGAUGUUCCAACCAGUGUGACUGACAGAAGUCUCAUUUCGCAUGCACUCUGCUCUACAAACAGAGUUGAUGUGGUUGGUACACUGUGCUCACCUGUGAAGGACUGGCCACCCAGACCCACUCACCUGGUGAGCUAGAAGAUGAGGAUUACUCACCGGACAAAUCAAGGGGACCAUCUCCAAAGAGGUGUGCAGUGUUUGAUGGGGAUGGAAAGUGAGAAAGAGAAAAAGAGGGAGCAUCGUGGAGAAGGCCCCAUCUGUGCUGGGCAGCAGAUAGCUGCCAAGGUCACGAACUCUGGUCAAAGAAUAGAGUCGUGUGGCAGUUUCAGCCCAUUUACUGGGCAGCUCACUGGGUCUGGCCUCUGAGCUGACAUGGGGGUUGAAUUCUUUUUCCUUAGAUUUUCUAUGCCACAUACAAUAUCGUUGUUCUUGGAAAGUUCAUUAUUUUUUUAAAUUACCUUACUCUGAGAAAGGGAGUUUUUGAAGGAUUCUGUCAUAUAUCUUUGAAAAAAAGAAAAUCAGUAAUGCAUAUAUUUUUAUGUAUGUUCACUGGCACUAAAAAAAAAAGAAAAAGAAAAAAAAGUUUCACUCUGUCCUUUGGGUAGUUGCUGAGGUUAAUUGUUCAGGUAAUGAAAUAAUGUGCUGAUGCUCAAAUCCCUCUCUGUCCAUACUCUACUUCUACAUACAUGUAGACAUAUAUAAACAAUAUAUUUGUAUUUGACUUGUACUUUCAAGAAAAUGUCCACCACCCUCAUGACACUGACACUACACAAAUGACCUGAUUUUGAGCUUUGAGUAGCUUCUAAGUGUUUGUUUCAUUAGGCACAGCACAGACGUGGCCUUUCCCCCUUCUCUCCCUUGAUAUCCAGCAGGGCACAAAGGCCCAAGCCACCCCCUGUCCCCCUUCUUAGCCGUAUGCCAGCGCUGCACUUCAAGAGACUCUCUCCAGACAGCCCAGUAAAUAUCCCUGCAUGACCCCUGUAUAGUCCUGGAAAAGCAAGAGGCUGACUACUGCUUAUUGUGUGCCAGUUGCCCAGGUGAGAGGGCUCUGGACUGAGGUCAUCAAUUUAGUGCUUAACCCACUUUUAGGGGGUUCACACGAACCAGGAAUGCCAAAGCACCACAUCAAAUCCCAACUUAAAGUCAAAAGAAGCCAUUUCACAUGUGAAAUUUCUUGGAAAAGGAAGUUCCUACCCUUGUUGCUUUUAGAGGCAAAUCUGUUCUCACCACUGAUCUCUUUGAAAAAUUUUGAAAGAAGUUUUUUUAAAAAGACUGAAAAAGAGAUGAAAGCAUCACAUUAUGUAACCAAAGAUUACAUUGUAUCUGCUAAGAUACCAAAAUUUUUAAGGGCAGGGAGGGAGCAAGCAUUAGUGCCUCUUUGGUAAGCUAUCCAAAGACAGACUAAAGGACUUUGCUGGUGACUGACUUCUAAGAGUUUUGUGGGAUUUUUUUUCCCUUCACAAAAUACAUAUUUAGAAGAGUUGAAGAUAAUUUGGAAAAAAUGGGAUUCUGGGUCCUUCAUUAAGUGAUUUUAUAAGCAGAAGUAGCUUUCCUUUUCUCUAGUAGUUGCUGAGCAAAUUCUUGAAGCUCCAUCAUUGCAUGGUUGGAAAUGGAGCUGGUCUUGGCCACUGUGUUUGCUAGUGCCCAUGUUAGUUUAUCUGAAGAUGUGAAGCCCUUGCUGAGAAGGGGAGCAUUUAAAGGACUAGAUUUUGCACUAGAAGGACAGCAGGCAGAAACCCUCAUUUCUGCCCAGUUUGGACAGCACAAAAAGUUCUCUGCGGUUUAAGGCAGAAGGUUGAAAUAUAUUGUAAAUUAGUAUUUGUAUCCGUGUUUCAAAAUUGAAUUAUAUAUAUAUAGAUAUAAAGUGUUCUAAUAGCUUUACCUUUCUCUGCACCUUUAUAUUUGGUUCCAGGUCAUAUCUGAUGCCAUGUACUUGUGAGAGAGGCUGCAGUUACAUUUUGGAAGCUCUCUCAGAAUGGACAAGACACCUGGAUUGAUCAGAUAACUAAGAGAUCUCUGCCCCUAUUGGGCCUGAUGCACAGGCCUUGCAAAGGGGUAGAGGGGGGAAAAGGGUAGGGUAUGUGAUGUAUUGCACUUUACUUGCCUAAGACAGAUGAAUGUGGAAAGGGUGGUGAAGACUCAUUGGAACUGGCUAUUUACCAUAGGGAAUACCCAGACAUGGGGUCAAAAGCCCACCUGAAUGAUUGGCCAGUGGCCCCCUGAUGGGACCUGAGUUAUUGGAAGAUCAAAGGGUAUUCCUUGGUCUUCACCACUCUUGUGAGAGAAAGGCAGUUGCCUGUAGUUGGGAACCUGGAGCAAGUGCUCCAUCUUUCAACCAAUUCUCUCCCCUGCGAUUGAGGUGCUCUUGCUACUGGGUGUCUGUGUGCUCUAAUUCUGGUUUUGGAUAUGUUUUGUAAAGAUUUUGAAAAUUGAAAAUGUGUUUUUCUGUGUUAAACUUGUCAGUGUACUAGAAAUUGUAUCUCUGUAGGUAAAGGUCCAUCCCUGCCCAUGGGUAGAGGUAUUUUUCUUCAAUUAAGAGUUUGACACUGGGGUCUGUUGCCCAGAGCCUCCCAACCCUCAACCAUUUCUAGGUGAAGGCAGAAAAAUCCACAUUGGUUAUUCCUCUUCAGACAUUUCAUCCAAGAUCACACAUCACUUGGAAUUCUCCUAGUCCCCAAAAGAAUUGUAGAUAUUUGAAUCUAGUGGGUGGACUUUCAGAGCGAACAACAGCUUUUGACUGAGCUUUAAUGUGACUCUAUUAAAUUUGGUUGGAAAGUAUGUAUUGAUUGAUUUUCAGUCCCAAUUCAUUAUAACAGAAGUUCUGCUUCCUUUCCUUGACUCACUUGUCUUUUAGCCUUUUUGGAAUUAAAUAAGAAGCUAUGGAAUAGGUGACCCUUGUGGCCUGAAACAGUUCUCACAUAAUCUACUUGGCAAAGACCAUUAUGUAGCUGCAUAUUCCAUUGACCCCCAAAGACUGGAACAUACACAUACGCAUACCCCAAAGGAAAAACUCUUCUAAAAUGUUGCUGCUUCUCUGGUGGUGCCCUCCUUGGCUGCUGCCUCACAGUUUGGGUCCCUGUAACAAGCCAAGCUGGCAGUCUCUCUCAACCUUAGCCCUUGGUGCUAACUGUCCUGCAGUGAAGUGCCUAUGGGGUUGUUCUAUUUCAGAAGCCACUUGGGUGCUGAGAGCAGCCACCACUGGAAUGACCCAAGGAAAGAAAAGAGUGCCCCCUUAACCACCCAGUGACACCUUUCUGCUUUUCCCUAGACUGGACAUUGAUUAGGGAGUGUCUCGGACAUAACAUUCUUGUGCUGUCCUUGAGAUUAAUUUGGCAGCCCAAGGGAGCAGACUAUGUAACCAGAGAUAAGAAUUAAUUUUCAAUGUUGAGAGGAAAAUGAGAGAGAGCAUUAUUCAAAACAAUUUUAAAAGAAACAAAUUAAUUUUGCUUGAAAGUUCUUUCGAUGGGGCUUCAGUUCUUACAGUGGCACUUAGCCUCAACUGGGCAGCAGGACCAGCCCCAAGCGCUAGUGUUCUAUUCUCUUUUUGUAAUCUUGAAAUCUUUUGUUGCUCUAAAUACAAUUAAAAAUGGCAGAAACUUGUUUGUUGGAA